AUGUCGAGAUUUGUAAGGGCCUCAAAGUAUCGCCACGUAUUUGGACAGCCAUCCAAGAAGGAAGCUGGAAUCGAAAAUGUCAAAGUGACGAACAGUGCUUGGGACACUAAUGUCAUUUCAGCCUCCGGGCAAUACAUCAGCCUUAAUUGGAAUGCCUCUGGAGGUGGCGCUUUCGCAAUCUUACCUUUACCCUCACCAUUUCAGACGAUACCUGGCUUCCCUCACAAGCUCCCCGAUAGCCUCCCUCUCGCUCGUAGUCACACUGCACCUGUGCUUGACACCGACUGGUCACCACAUAAUGAUUCUCUAGUCGCUUCUGGCGGUGAAGAUGGUAAAAUCAUGAUAUGGAAAGUCGAACCAUCUGCCUUUGAAGGUUGGGGUCGAGAUGCCUGGGUACCCAAUGACUUUGACCCCGUUUGGCGUGUCGACGGUUCUCCACGAAAAAUCGGUCAAGUCCUUUUUCACCCCACUGCAUCAAACGUCUUAGCGAGUGCAUCCGGUGAACAUACCGUGAAACUGUGGGAUCUUGCCCAAACAGAAAGUCCUCGAUCUGUUCUUACCGGCCAUUUAGAUGCCAUCCAAUCAAUGUCUUUCAACUCGACCGGUACACUUCUCGCUACCACGUGCCGGGAUCGCAAGUUACGUCUUUUCGAUCCAAGGGCAGGCGGGGAAGCUGUGAGUGUAGCUGACGGCCACGGUGGUAUCAAAGGCGCAAGAGUGGUUUGGAUGGGUGAAUCGGAUCGGUUGGCGACAACCGGGUUCAGCAAGAUGUCCGAAAGACAGGUUGGUCUCUGGGACGUUGUUGGCGGGCUAAAAAUUAUGAAGAUGACAUCGGUAGACCACAGCGCUGGUGUCCUCAUGCCCUUCUGGUCGGACAACGGGAUUUUAUUCCUUGCUGGCAAAGGUGAUGGCAACAUCCGAUACUUUGAAUAUCUUUCCGAGAGUGAUACACUCGCUGCUCUUGAUGAAUACAAAUCUAUUGAACCUCAACGUGGCAUGUGUUUCCUCCCGCGGCGCGCUCUCAACGUCUCAGAGAACGAGAUUGCGCGUGCAUACAAGAUAUCAGGUUCUUACAUAGAGCCAAUUGCGUUUAUCGUUCCGCGUAAAGGCGACUUCUUCAAAUCGGAUAUCUUCCCUCCCGCGUUAUCCAUCGAGCCUUCCCUCGAUGCAGCAGAAUUUUUCAAAGGAAAAACUGCUCCCAGGAAUCUCGUCAGUUUAGACAGCGGUAAAACCUUCGCAUCGUCUGCACCACCCCCUUUUACACCCACAACUGUACCAGCUCCCGUCAAGCAGCCUUCAAUCUCGAUUUCCCCACCCACCUCUAAGCCACCAGCAAUGCCUUCACCAGUGACAAAAUCAUCCAGUGCACCCCCUCCACAGGCUCAAGCUGCACCCGAACCGGUUCAAGCAGUUGCUACUCCCACUCGUUCGUUGUCUGGUGAUGACAAUCAAAUCGCUACUUUGCGGCAAGAAAAUGCUCAGCUUAAGGCGGAACUCCGUGAGGCCAGAGAGCUUAUCAGGAAUUUAGAGUUACAAAUUGAAGCACAGAAAGCCAAUGCUAGGAAAGCUGCACAGGCAUUGAUGGAAGCUAGUAAUUGA